AUGCAGCUCAUUAAUAUCAUCAUCCUCUCCCUCGGCCUCAGUGCCUCUGCCAUUCCCGUACCUGGGGAUGACUACUCCGUCUCGCAAAAUGGCGGAAACAAGGGUGGCAAGAACGAUAAUUACGGCAAUCACGAUAACUAUGGCGAUCAUGGCAAGAACGAUAAUUACGGCAAUCACGAUAACUAUGGCGAUCAUGGCAACAGCGGUAAUUACGGCAACGAUGGAAAUCAUGGCCAUGACAAUGACCGUGGCAAUAACGGCAAUCAUGGCAACAAUGGAGGCAACAAAGGUUACGGCGGAGUAUCUCACUCAUACAGAGAUGACAAGCACGACAAUUAUGGAUGGAAUAAGGGUUAUGGUGGAGACAACAAAGGUUAUGGCGGAGACUAUAACAAUGGCGGCAAGAAUGACGAUUACGGCAAUUCUCAUGGUUAUGGUGGAGUUUCCAACUCAUACGGAGAUAACAAGAAUGACAAUCAUGGAUAUGGUGGAGGAUAUGGAGAAGACUCUAUUCAUAGAAGAGGAGGCAGAGAUGACAAGCAUGACGAUCAUGACAAAUAUGGCAAAGGCGACAAGCAUGACGAUGACAAGCAUGACGAUGACAAGCAUGACGAUGACAAGCAUGACGAUGACAAGCAUGACGAUGACAAGCAUGACGAUGACAAGCAUGAUGGAGAAAAGUAUGACGAUGACAAGCAUGACGACGACAAGCACGACAACGACAAGCACGACAACGACAACGACAAGUACGACAAUGACAAACACGACAACGACAAGCACGAUGGGGAAAAAUACGACGGUGGAAAGAAUGACAACAACAACUGGAACAACAACUGGAACAACAACUGGAACAAAGGCACCAACGGAUAUUCCUCCUGGUAA